AUGGCGCCGGCGGCGCGGGACACGCCGUUCCGCUCGGCGGACAUGAGCAUGGUGCAGCUCUACAUCUCGAACGAGAUUGGACGGGAGGUUGUCAACGCAUUGGGCGAGAUCGGACUCGUGCAGUUCCGGGAUGUACGUUUUGCACAUCGGUUUGAGGACGGCGGUGGAAUCUGGGCUGUUGGUCAUGGAGCCCUUGGGUGUGCGGCUGGAUACUGA